GAUCAUGCGCAUAAUCAUUGACACAAAUCUGUUUAUAGGCGUAUUUCGAAUUUAACCGUUGAGGUGGCAAUUGCUUGGACGCUUAGCGCACGAUCGAGGCAGCUCGUGCACGCACAGCCAAGCAAGAACAGACAUACGCGGAAGAGAUGUGGUGAUAUCGUAGCGGAUUCAAUGCGGAGUAAUGGGUACAGUGCCGCAAGAGCAACCACAAAGAGCUGCAUCGGACAGGUUUAGUAUAUGGUCGUCGGCGAGCAGCGCUGAGGGCAGCAUGAGCUACGCACCCGUGAGCGCCGCCAGUACGACCGCGCGAUCAUUACCCUACUCACCGCUGUCGGCGGGAGCGAUGAAGAUAAAGUUCGCCAGUACGUCUAGAAACAGCGCGGAAGUGAUUCUAACAAGAGGAAAGAAAUACGGCCACAUUCUUCUACGGGAGAGCACGACAUUCUCAGGCAACUAUGUCAUAUCAGCGCGAUACGACUACGGCAAUUCUAUAGAGAUAUGCCAUUAUGAGGUCGAAACCGAAAGGACGUCGGACGGUGAUAUAGAAUUCCGUCUUAAAGUCGGUCCACGACAGCAUCCCAGCCAGCCGUCGUUAACUGAUCUGCUGAUCUACUUUAUGAAAUUGAACCCUGGCCUGAUACCGCUGGUGACAAACAACUGGGAAACGAUUGGCAUUAAGAGCCCCGAGACGGCGUACUGCUCGCACCGGGCCGGUCAAUACAUGACAACGAACGCGGGGAAAUCACAAAUCGGCACAGAGAGUGAUCUAGGAGAUUACGAACUCAUUCAAGAAGGCGGAAUAAAGGCUACGAAUGGAAUAACUGUACCUACAACAUUAGGCGCCACAUCGCGGACUUCCAGCAAAACAUCAACACGAAGUUGUUCCGGAACACCUCCCUUACAUUCGGCUGCAUCUCAUUCCCCACGAUCUACACAAUUGCAUCUAGCAGGAGACCAGCAAGAGCCGCUGUACAUGAAUGAGGGCGUGGAGCUCCUGCGAGAGGUAGAAGAUAGUGUACCAUCACCACAAUCGCCGCCACCAUUGCCUAGCGACCCACCACCACCUAGACCGCCGAAGAAAGACAAGAGCUAUCAACCGGAGGAUGACGCGAAUGAAGUUGAGGAUUACUCGUCACCGAAUGUCAAGACUGGCACUAAAUCUAUUUUAAAAAAUACGAAGGAAGACAAGUACACUGAGGAAGUGAAUAGAAUACAUGAGGAAAUAAAUCACGACGAUGGCGGAGAAGGAGACCACUCAAUUGCCCAUCGCAUCGGCAGUGCUGAUGGUUCGCAGACAGGUGCCGUAAUCACGAGUGAGAGCAAAAAGUCAAACAUAGGAGCCGGAAAUCAGAAAAGUAGUUCAAAGGGGAAAUCAGUGUUUGGCGAUGGUAAUAUCUUCGAGGAACUGACGAGAAAGAUCAAAAGUAAACGGCAAAGGAGUCAAAAACAACACCGCGAUAAGGAGAAAGCCGUGGAGCGAGACAAGUCGGCCCCGAACGUUACCGUUAUUGAGAUAAGCAAUCCGCAGCCCCUGGAACCGUAGGACAAUUGGCCCGUUUCAUUUUCCAUUCCAAUAGCACGAUAAAUGAUGUAAAUAUUAUGUUAGAAUCAAUCAUAUCAUAUCACACCGACGCACUGACGAUAUAGCUUUCAUCGAUAUUUUUGCAAUCAAUCCACAAUUAAAAAGGAUCCACAUAAUGAUCAUGUAAAUUAAAAUUAUCAAUUGCUCUAACUAGAUUAUUGUAUUGCAGGAAUUCGCUAUCUUGAAAGUACUUGAUUACCCACAGCUACGUUCAGUAAUGACGUUAAUACUCUACCCAAACCAACGAUUAAUUCAAUAACGGUAGAUCUCCCGAUUAAAAUUUCACUGAAGUUUUAACAAUGGCCGUUCACUAAUUUUAUUAACAUUAAAUGGACAUGCGAUUCGAGUAUAUAGCUAUAGUAACGAUGCUCUGCAUAAUUACACACAGUUAUAUCCACGGUAUAGAGUGUACAAAAAGGUACAGGUGAAUUGCAAUGGCAGCCAACUAUAUGGCACUUACAAAUUGCAGUGGAAUCAUUAUAUCAAGAGUAAGAUAAUAUAGGAUAUUAUCUUAUAUAUCCUAUCUAUAUAUAUCCUAUAUUAUCUUACUCCUGAUUAUAUAACACUCGCACCACAGUUCAUAAUUAUGCAUUGACAUACAAUUUACAUUCUUGCGCCGAUAAAUUUUUGUUGCCGAGAAUGCCUUUAAAUUUUAUUCAAUUCGGCAUUAACCACAAUAAGAAUAACAUCAAUGACAUUGUUUUAACAGGGUAAUAGACCUACAUUUUGAUUUGCUAAUCUGCAUUUAAUUAUUUAUAAUCACCCGAUUAAUGAGACCAAACAGAAUGCCAAUUGAAAUGCUUAGUGUCAUUUAAAUAUUGUGUUCAUGGACGUUAUGUACCUUGCUUCGUAUGUAACCGAAGCAAGCUGACGAAAACGCGUUACGGGGCACAAACUGUUGUUAUAUUGUUCAAUCGUCUUCUUAACGGAUGUAUGAUUAUGUUGCUUACAUUAUAACUGUUUUCCUACGAUAAGACGCUUAUUCCGUAUUAUUGGAAAAUGUAGGCAUUUAUUUAACCAAUUUCACGUAACAAAGGUCCGAUUGCAGACAUCUGUCAAAUAAAAACAAACCAACGUAGUGAA